ACAAGCAUGCCGAACUAUCAGCUUGCCAUAAUUUGGGUUGUUUGUAUCUUCAAACAGCCGGCUUUAAAGAAAUGCAUUGUGUCCAUGAUAUGUUCAUCAAAAGAUGCAUAAAGUAUCUUGAACAGUCUCUCCAUUGCUGUGAGUGUAUUUUUGAUGAGUAUAUUUUGCAUGAUCGCGACAACUUCAAGAUAUCAAUAAUGGAUACUUUCAUUGAAAUUUACAAACUCCUAACACAUGUACUGAUUGAAACAGGAGAGAUUGACAAAGCUCUUGUUGUCUCUGAUCGUGGCAGGGCUCGAGCUCUAAGUGAUUUAUUGGAAACGAAAUACAGUAAAUUUCCACAAUAUGGCAACAAUGUCAUCCAAACGUACGCCGAAGUUGACUCCGUUUUUCAUGCAAGAAAAAAUGAAUUUUGUGUUCUGUAUUUCGCACUACAAUUAUUCCAUACCGUGGCUGUUUGGGUUUUGGCUCGUCAAAAGCCACCAUUUUUUCUUGCAGUGGAUCCACAAGGAUUUGAAUAUAGGCAACUACCAAUAUCACAAGGUAAUAACGAGAGUGAAAUUAUUCCUCAAGUUGUGUUUGCAGCAUACGAUGCCAUAAAUGUCAGAAGCGUCCUGAGGUGCGAGGAUAGAUCACUAGAUCACUUGCCUGAAAGUGUGCAGCUGAUUAAGAGUGAUGACUGUUUAGUCAGAGGUGAUGGCCAAAAAGAGGGGGACAACAGUGCACCUGACCAAAACGAGCGCGAAAUGGCACCAAACAGAGAGAAAAAUUUUGAAGGUAAUACAAAUCCACUCGAAAUCCUUUACAGUAAAUUGAUAGCUCCUGUGAUGCAGAACCUUGCACACGAAGAUGUGGUUAUAGUUCCCGAUGGACCUCUGCACAUGGUGCCGUUCGCAGCAUUACGAGAUCCAGAAACGGGUCUUUUCCUGUCCGAAAUGAAGCGUAUUCGCCUGGUUCCUUCAUUGAAAACGUUGAAAUCUUUACAAGAAUGCCCAUCAGAUUACCACAGCAAAACUGGCGCCCUCGUAGUUGGAGCUCCAGAAUCGGGAGCUGUAAUGUUUCAAGGGCAAGAAAUAACUUUUUCGCCUUUACCAGAAGCACGACGUGAGGCUACAGUCAUCGGUAACAUUCUAGGUGUUGAGCCACUAUUAGGAGCACAAGCAACUAAAGAUUUCAUCAAGCAAAGAUUACAUGAAGGAGUUGCUGUUAUCCACAUUGCAGCUCAUGGAAGCACGAAAGGAGAAAUUGUACUUGCACCAGGCACCUUAACUGGAGCAAGGAAGAUCCCAGAAGAAGAGAAAUACUUGUUGACCAUGCAAGAAGUACAAGAAACUCGUAUCAGAGCACAACUGGUUGUCCUGAGCUGUUGUCAUAGUGGACGAGGGGAAAUCAAAGCAGAAGGAAUUGUGGGUAUCAGUCGAGGGUUUCUCGCUGCAGGGGCUCGUGCUGUAGUGGCUUCAUUGUGGGGCAUUGACGACGAAGCCACUCUUGUCUUCAUGGUGAGCUUUUAUACCUGUUUAAAGAUGGGAAAAAGUGCUAGUAAAAGUCUGCAGCAAGCCAUGAAAGAUGUGAGAGAAGACAAAGACUACGAAGAACCAAAACACUGGGCACCUUUCUUUCUGAUUGGCGAUGAUGUCACCAUCAACUUCCAAAAGUAGUAAAAUGGUAGAGAAGCAAGAUCACAGAACCAAAGGAGGAAAGCUAAAGACUCGUGCCAGCACUAGCACUGGGCUCAUUCUAGCUUCCGGGUCCUGUAUCAACCGCACAGUUAAGUAUCUAUGGACACGAUAUGAUGUUUCAUAAAUCAAUGCAUUUCCAGCUAAUAUGAAAUUAAUUGUAUGUAUAACGUAUGAUAUGUUUACGAAUAUAUAUUCAGCACUUCGAGUUUUUGUUCAGGUUCAUUCCUGAAUUUUCUACUCUUUCAAACCCACUAAAGUUAAAAAUACACCGAGUGAUCAAAAUAAGUCUUAUUUCCAAUCGAUUGACAAGGGAUGAUUUACAGUAUGCCUUUUAGAAAAAGUGACGAAAAACUCGAAGUGUUGACACGAUUCGAGUGCUCUCACUGUAAGAUUAGGGAGUUAUAAUUGGUGAAUCAUUAACCAAAAUUGAUAUAAUUGCAAAGUAAAUAAUUAUAACGAUGUAGUGUGUAAUUUAUACAUGAUAGAGUAAUUGGUGAUAAAAUAAAACUUAAAAUAUGGUUCAUAUAAUAUGAAAAGCACCAGCAAUGUCAAAUCGUAUACCCUGAUUGGUCAGAAACAUAAUCUUUUAGCCAAUCACAAAUCAAACUUAUGAAAGCAUGCAAUUCAAAUUAUCAAAAAUUGAAUCAUUUAUAUUGCUAAUUUUAGAAGAAUAUACUUUAUGAUUAUAGUUUCAUUCGAUAAUUUAGAAGAAAAUAUUUUAAGCCUCCACGUACUCAGGAACGAUAUCUUGGUGGCUUUCAUUGAUUAAA